CAGACAUAUAUAUAUAUAUAUACCGGUUUAUAAACAAAACCUGACAAAACCAACCUAUUUUGUGUUUUGAAAGUGCCCACUGAUUGUAAAAGCCAUAAAAAAACAAAUGACACUUAAAUAUUUAACUGUAAUUUAGGAAUUUCAUUAAAAUGAGUAACAAAGCAGAUAAAGAUCCAGUACAGGAAGAAAUGUCGGGCAGAGUGCAAGAAGUGGGAAAUCAAGCAAUUUGGAGUUUAUCCAGCUGUAAACCAGGUUUUGGCGUUGAUCAACUUCGAGAUGAUAUAACAGAAACUUAUUGGCAAUCAGAUGGACAAUUACCACAUCUUGUGAAUAUUCAGUUUCGCAGAAAAACUACUAUUCGGGAUAUUUGUAUAUACACAGAUUACAAACUAGAUGAAAGUUAUACACCUAGUCGAAUUAGUAUAAGAGCUGGAACAAAUUUUAAUGAUCUGCAAGAGGUUGAAAUUAUGGAUCUAAAUGAGCCAAAUGGAUGGAUAGUAAUACCUGUCAAAGAUUUAAAUGAACGUCCAAUUCGUACUUUUAUGCUUCAAAUAGCUGUUAUUAGUAAUCACCAAAAUGGAAGAGAUACUCAUAUGCGGCAAAUUAAAGUGCACAGUCCCGCAAUUGAAAUUGUCGGUCCACCUGCUUCUUAUGUACCUGGUCAAUUUCUCACAAACGAAUUUCAGCAAUAUACAGCUAUCAGAUAAAAUUCUUUUCAUUUUAUUAAAAUUAUUUUUAUAUUUGAAAAUUACCCAAUAUAGUGAUGCACAUCGA